AAACGUGCCAAAGGCCCCAGUGGGAUGAAAAACUCCAGCUAACACCAAACCACAGAAACUACCAAAAGAAUGAAGAAGUCAAGCUGAGCUGCCCCCGGGGUCUCUUUCCAUCCUUCUUCAAUGUCAAAUGUUCAGAGGCUGCCCAGUCCGGGAGGUAUCCUGGAUCUGCUAACAGAUACACGUGGUUGGGGAAAACCAGCUCUGAUGCUUGGAUUCACAUUCAGGAGCCUGUGAAGUGCACUGAACUUCUCCAGAUUUUCCUGGGGCACUGGGAAGUUGCUGCCACCAGCAUCAAACUGAACUGGACCUGCAGGUUCCCACAUGCCUGCCAGCACAUGUGGGCCAUGUGCCGUCUGGCUUGGCCUUCCUCCCCAUUCUGUGAAGUUGAGGAGGUCACAGGAGAGGAGAUGCUACAGGGUCGGAAGGGAACAUUUACCUGUCCUCUUCUGCAGCCCUUCACUGUUUAUAGUGUCACCAUCUCCUUGCCCCCCAGCAUGGUCCUGUACACACGGCUGGUCAAGACAGAGGGAACGGUGCCGGACAAACCAGAGGAUGUGGUUAUGGAUCACCACACCGGGUUGCUGAAGUGGAAGGCGCUGCCCUCCUGCAAAGGGGAGAUCCUUGGAUACCAGCUGAACAUCACAGCCAGGAGAGCGCAUGAUGGCAGCUUCCUUGAAUCUGAGCAGGUGACGGUGAACGCAUCUGUCACUCAGUACCUGCCACCUCAUCAGAGACCUGGCAGCAAAUACACUGUGGAAAUCCAGGGCUUGACAGCAGCUGGUGCUGGGGCUGCAUCAAUCCUGGAAUUUCAAACCUACAUCUCAGGGAUCCUGUGGUUUGUGCUGUCCAGGAAAAAGAAGGCCUUGAUCAGCCAAGCCAAGGAGGAGCUUUACACAGAGCUCCAGCCCUAUGAAAACUUGGACUCUUACUCUGUGAUCAAGAACUGUCCUCUGGCAGGUAAAGAUGCAGUCAAGAUGACUCUCCCUGCUGGGCCCUAG